AUGGCCACCAAGCUCGACCCUACCGCCGCAUCCUUCCACCCAAGCGUCGCCGAGCCCCUCGAGCUCGUCACCCCGCUUCUCGCCGACGACGACAAGCCGCCCGCCUCGUUCGGCCACCUACCCGUCGAGCUCAAAGACCAAAUCGUCGCCGAGGUCAUCAACCUCGACCGCGACCGCAAGCAGGAAACUCGGGCGGCUUUUGUUGCGUCGGUCACGGUCGGUUUCUUCGCGAGGCGGAAGGUCAUCAAGCUCGAGGAGCGGCACAACGACCGAGCCAAGCACAGGGUGCUCUCGCGUCUUCAAGCCGUCGACCGUGAACUGCGCGACAUCUGCGCUCCGCAGCUCUGGCGGCACAUCGACGCCGAGAAGGUCCGGCCCGAAGCGUUUCCUCGCCUCCUCGACGUCCUGCCCGAGCACGCGGCUAGUGUCCGCCGCCUCGAAACCGUCGGCUCGUUCUUGGAGCACCGAGCGUCUCCCGAGGAGAGGGCCCUCUACCUUGAGACGAACCAGUGCCUCGGCCGGGUCGUGCACCUGUGCGAGAACCUCGAGCAGCUGCACCUCGGCAACCCUCAGCUCAACCCUCUCCUCCCGUUCCACUUUCCUCGACUGCGCAUCCUCAGCAUCCACUCGCCCCACUCUUUUUGGCGCAAGCCGCACGUCUCCGAGCACGAGACGUUCCUCGUCGGCCUGUCGGGCCUGACGUCGCUGGACCUGUACGUCGACGGCACGGCCCUGUACAAGUGCGAGGCCUUGAAGGUGGUCGACGUCCUGAUCGGCCUCCCGGGUCUCAAGAACCUCAAGCUGCGGGGCGACGCCGUCCUCCGCGAUGAGGUGCUCGAGGCCUGUACCGAGGUCGCGCCGAGCGCCCUGCCUGCUCUCGAGUCGCUUGAGAUCGUUCAGGACGGAAACCUCCUCGGGUUCGGGACGCUCCACGCGUUCGUCACGACGUUCGCGGCCUCGCUCAAGGAGCUUCAUCUCAAUGUCUUCCCGGACUCGGGAGACAGCAGCGACGACGACUCGGACUUUGACGUCGAGUACCGCCUGCCUCACCUAACGGCCCUCUCGCUCGCGACCGGCUGCGACGAGGGCUUGUUCCCCGCCUUCUCGUCGCCGUCGACGCCGAUCGUCCACUUCACGUUCGGCAUCCCCGUCGAUCGCGAGCACUACGGGCUCGUGCGCACCUUCCUGGGCUCGCACGCGUCGACGCUCAAGACGCUCUACCUCAGCAAGUCGAGCGUCCAGUCGGGCCCGCGCAUGUGCGACAUGGUCAAGACGUUCUGCGAGUCGCUCGGCAUCGAGGUCGCGUGCGCGGGAGAGGAGGAGAAGCUCGUCGGCGUCGGGGCGCAGGGCCGGCGGGCCUGA